AUGCAAACAUUAAUAUGUUGUUUUUUGUGGAUAACGGUGUUAACACUAUCAUAUGGAGCAUCAAUUUCUUCGAACAACAAAAUUUUAUCAAUAUCUGAUGGAGUUUCAUUUGGUUUUUGUGGUGGUUAUUGUAGUCAAUCAAUAAAUAUAACAUCAAGUUCAAAUCAAGUAGUUGCUUUGAAAAAACCAAAUUUUCCUCAAGAUGGUUAUCCACCUGUGAAAAGAAUCUAUGGUUUUUGUCGAAAGAAAUGGGACAAAUUAAUCAAUUUAAUUGAUGAUAAACGUUUUCAAUCAUUAAAUGAUCGUAUUGGUUGUCCAGAUUGUGCUGAUGGUGGAGCUGAAUGGAUUGAAAUACAAUGGACAGACCAAACGAAACGAGUCACAUUUGAAAAUGGAGAAUCAAUAGAAGGUUUUGAAGGACUUGUUGUUGCAUUAAGAAAUAUUAGAGUGAAUACUACUCAAAAUCUUUGA